AUGUGGAAACGUCUACCUCGCGCCCGACAUCAAUGUCGCUUCUUUCAUACGACAAGGAGAUGGCGAGAACCGGAGCAACCUCGGCAUAACACUCGAUACUCUCCAAAUGUAAUUGCCAUCAACAAGGCCAGCUUCUAUCGACAAUAUCCAUCAGACGAUUCAGCAUCGAGCAAUCCUGCGCUGUUCCCAGACCUCUCCUUCUUCCUACCGUAUCGAUAUUCUAGGGGAGGUAAUAAAGAAUAUUGGGCUGUCAUCUCGGACUCCUCCGUAGGAAGGACGGCUUUCCUCCAGGUCCUUGCCGGCCAAUAUAUUUGCAUUCCACCAACCGCAAGGACAUACCCGUACCUGUCAGAUAUAUCGACUUCACCUCAGCAUGCCGUCAAGUACAUUGGUUUCGAUGCUGAACGAGGUACUGGCGUCGGAGGUAAUAAUGUCCGUGGCGCGUAUCUUAGUGCACGGUACGAGAGCAGACGAGAAGAGACGGAUUACUCGGUUCUGGACUACUUGUCAGGCAAAACACAACUCAAUGCUUUGGAGCGCGAUCAGAGCGAAGCGAGCAAAGCAGAUCUGCAAGCUGUUGUUGAACAGUUGAAUCUCAGCACUCUCCUGCAGAUGCCGGUGGCGAAUCUGAGCAACGGUCAGACGCGACGGGCACGGAUUGCAAAAGCUCUGAUGGCGCGGCCGGAAGUCCUUCUACUUGACGGACCCUUCAUGGGCCUGGACCCCAACACAUCGGCAAUGAUGGACUCGCUAUUGGAAAAGCUUGCGACAAGCGAAAAUCCUCGGGUCAUCAUGAGCCUGCGCCCUGAAGACGGCAUUCCAGACUGGAUCACACAUCUAGUGAUUACUGACGAUUCGCUCAAAAUCUUGGAUCAAGGUUCCAAGGGGCAUUUGUACACAAGACGUGUGAACAAGCCUCUAAGGGCGGAUGCUACUAAGCCCAGAACAGCGAAAAUGAGGGCCGUCUAUCAAAUGUUGGAAACCGCGCAGAACCCACACAACAAAGACAUCACAGCCGCGGUCAGCAGAGACGGUUGGACCAAGGAAUCCGCAGCUUUUCCACCAGGCGAGGCGCUGGUGGAGAUGCAAGGCGUCAAGGUAGCUUAUGGCGACAAAGUGGUACUCGGCAACUGGAAACAAGACGUCGAAGGCGAAGAGAAACCCGGCCUCUGGUGGAAUCUCCAUCGAGGCCAACGCUGCGGGAUCUUUGGUCCCAACGGCAGCGGCAAAACGACCAUGCUCAGCCUCAUCACCUCCGACCACCCUCAAACCUACAGCCUCCCCAUCAAACUCUUCGGCCGCUCACGCCUCCCCGGCCCAGGCGAGCCAGGCAUAAGUCUCUUCGAUAUCCAACGACGAAUGGGCCAUUCCAGCCCCGAAGUACACGCUUUCUUCCCCAAACGACUCACCGUGCGCAGAACAAUAGAAUCUGCCUGGGCAGACGCACCCCUCGCGCGCGCAAAACUGACCGCCGAAGCAGACAGGCGAGUAGACGCUUUCCUAAGAUGGUUCGCACGAGAAUUGAACCCCAAACAGGCGACACGCACCACGCUCGAAGCUAUGCAGGAUGCUUUCGACAACCUGGGGCCGGGCGGGAGCAGAGAAGCCGAGGCCGUCCGCAGGAGAAGAUACCAAGCCGCGCAUCGCGUCCUGGAAGAAACGACCUACGACGAUUCCGAUCUCGCCUGGGCAGACGACACCCACUUCGCGGAGCUUUCCUUCUCUUCCCAACGCCUUGCCCUUUUCCUUCGAGCACUCGUCGCAACGCCCGACCUCGUCAUUCUGGAUGAAGCCUUAAGCGGCAUAGAUGAUAAAGUGCGCGACAAAGCACUCCUCUUCUUAUCGCAUGGAGAGAAAAUCGCGAGGGUAGAAAACGGAGUCGCGGAACCGAGUAUGCUGGCGCAGAUUGAUAAGAUGUCGUUUGAAGGCCUGUCGCCGGGCCAGGCACUGCUGGUUAUUAGCCAUGCGAAAGAAGACGUGCCGGGGUGCUUGAGGGAGUGGAUUUGUCUACCCGAGCCAGGAGAAGAAAAGGCUCCGAGGUCAGGCACGCUGGCUGGGCCUUUGGAAUUGAAUCUCAGAGGCUGGGAUGCUAUCUGGGGCAAACAAUAA